AUGGAAGGCUUGCUGCCGUUCCUGUACAGGGCCAUCAUCCUCCACUACGCGGAAGGCGGGUGGCGGACGGACACCGGAGACAACCCCUUCCUCGACGGCGACUCGCCAUCGGCCUCUCAGUACUACUACGUCCGCCUCACUGGCAGCCCUGACGACUCCAGUCAACUAGGGUUUGCCGCCGCUCCUCCGGCCAGCCACGGCGCGGUCCUGUGA